UUUUAUAAGCGAGUGCAUCAAUAGAAUGGUGUUCAAAUGGCGUCGUCCUUCCUCGAAGAUCUUCUCGAGAAAAAAAUCGACGAGAAUGAAGUCAGUGCUAUGAAAGGAUCGCUAGAAAGCCAGCUAGCGUCCCCCGCUAACGGAAAAUCGGCUCAAAAUGAAGUUAAACAAGAUGCAGGACCUAACAAAUCAACUACACAACAAGCGGUGAUUACAACCUCCCCGGCAAAGCAAGGCAGCCCGGCUUCCAACCAAGCUGCGAGUCUUCGACCAGGGAUCCCGGCUUCGCGAGGGCUUUCUCCCGGAAAUCCAGUGACUACCACAGUCAUACACAUCGCUCCACGACCUAGCGUAACUGCAGCUGUUCCUUUAGCUCCAAGACCAAAUACAAUGACCGUUCUUUCACAAGGCGCGGACGGCCGUUAUAUCACUACUAUGAUAAACGCUGCAGACCUAAUAAAUCGUAACGUUAAUGUGAUCAACGCUUCGCAACUUCUUGGCCCGCGGAUGGUGGCCGGGGCAGUAACGGUGCCUGGAACUGGUCAAAUUCUAGCACCAAGGAUAAUUCAACAACUUCCCCAAAGGAUAGGGGUACCCAUGGCUCAUAGCCCCAGUUUGCAGGGUGUACAGAUAUCACAGGACAAUACCACAGGCAUGCUGACAUUAACACAGGCCCCUGGUCGGCCUGUGAUAUCUGUACAGUCGAGUAUUGCAGGACAGCAAAAUAUACCUCUAGAUAGGACUUCCAUAGCUCAGAUAAGACCUAGUACAGUGACAAUGGCUGGUACGACGCAAUUUUCUGGCCCUAGACCUAUGCAUGUCAUAGCUAACCAGCAUCCCCCUGCACCAGUGUCACAACUACAAUCCAACUCAAAUAAUGCAUCGGCUGCAAGGGCAAUUACCACUUCUAGCAAUCCAUCGAUUUCCACGUCUGUAUUACAAGGAAAUUUAAGCACUAAUGCGAGGAAUACGGCCUCACCGAAACCUGUCAUUGUGAACAGUCAAGCUGUAUCUAUUGGAAAUUCAAGUUCGCCUGCACCUCAGGUACAGACGCAGGUGAAAAUUGUCAACACACCUAUACCGAUAGAGGUAAUAAAAGAGCAUGCAGCAAAGCUGAAGAAUUUUUUUAACAACUUGAUUCGCCUUGCGUCAGAGAAGUCCCCUGAGGUUGGCCCAGCUGUGAAGGACCUUAUUCAAAAGGUUAUGGAGGGUAAGCUUUCAGAGGAGGACUUUGCUGCAAAACUCCUUACUACUCUUAACUCGGGACCACAGCCAAACCUUGUGGGCUUCCUCAAGAAAGCCUUACCAAUGCUUCGACAUCAGGCCCAGCUGCAGGCUUUACCGCAGCAACAGCAACCGCUGCAGAUUACCACUGUAGGGGGUCCUAAGCUUCUCCCCCAUCCACAGACACAAGUGACGCCACAAAAACCCACUCAGACACAGCAGGGCACACCCAUCCAGCAGAAGGUCGCCGCCAGUCAGCCCAACAUUGUGAAGCUCACGCCUGCACAACAGCAGCUUUUACAUCGGCAGCGGCAGCUCGAGGCACGCAGGGUGUUUAUCACUGCUUCCAGUACAGGGGGCGUGUCCACAGUGGCAAGAGGAGUUGCACCUGGGAUGGUAACAGCUGCAGGUUCAAAGGUGACCUUGACGGCUGUCAAGGGGCAAGCUGGUACAGCUGGGGCACCAAAACACAAACAGCAUGCUGGGAUCAGCAGUAGUGGUGAUGAUGACAUCAAUGAUGUCACUUCAAUGGCUGGGGUCAACCUCAUGGAAGAGAGCCAGAGAAUAUUAGCGAUAAACUCAGAACUGCUGAGCUCUCAAACAAGAAGUUGUCGGGAUGAGCUCUUUUUAAACCAUGAUGCUCUGCAGAAAAAGUUAGAAGUUAUAGUAAAGAAGCAAGGACUCGGAAACAUACACCAGGACGUUUGCGGAUUGAUAUCACAUGCUUGUCAAGAAAGACUCAGGAAUAUCUUAGAGAAAUUAUCAACAAUCAGCUUGAAUCGACCUGAAAGUUAUCGGGAUGAUCCUCGGUACGAGGGUGGCCUGGAAACCAAGGCUCAGCUAAGAGUGUUUGAACAAAUCGACGAGGUGGAGAGAAAAAAACGUGAGCUGCGGGAGAGAGAAGUCCUCAUGAGAGCUGCUAAGAGUCGAUCUCGGCAAGAAGACCCCGAGCAAGCGAGGUUAAAAGAGAAAGCUAAGCAGCUUCAACAAGAGGAAGAAGAGAUCAUUCGAAAGCGGGAAGCAAACAACACUGCUCUAGCUGCCAUCGGUCCACGCAAGAAACGCAAGCUAGACGAGGCGUUAGAGGCAACACGACCAUCAGGACAGAGUUCAACGUCGUCAUCGCCAUCGUCUACCUUCAACUCACCACAGAAUCGUUUUACGCCGCGUUCACAGAGAUCACGGCGAGUAACGCUCAAGGACCUCGUGUUUGUACUCGAGCAGGAGAAGGAAUCUACGAAAUCGCUUAUGCUCUACAAGGCACUUCUCAAAUAAUAGCGCGCGCACUCACUAAAAGGCUUCGACCAGGUGACGAGAGUUCCCGAGAGUCUAACGAACGUCCGUCGAAGGGGGACCAACAAGUCGCUACUGCCCUACAAAGGCCUGUGUGGCGCGGUUACAAAAUGCUUCCGAAUGAUGUACGAAAAGAUCCCGAGAUUCUUACGAGCAUGCGUCGAGAAGAAUCCCACCAAGUCACUAAUGCCCUAUUAGGCCCUGCUUAAAUAGUUAGGCGCACGUGCUCGCGGCCACGAAAGGCAUACGAGUUUUAUACAAGCAACUUCCGAGAAUCUUACGAGCUUCCGAUAUACUUACGAGCGUAGGGUACGAAGGGCUGCAAAGAGUAUCCUCAAUAAAGAAUUCAACAAUCUACACACAUCUGCACAGCGCUUUACAUCGUGGACACGGAUAGUACCCAAGAAGUGCACGAACUGUCUAUGAAGGACCCGAACAUUUCCCGAGGAAUAGCCGAUGGAGGCAAGCUUUAUCAUGAUUGACACUUAUUGAGCCUUUAUAACGUUUAUGCAAAUGUCUGUCAUAGAGAUAAGGUGUUAGAUUAUGCAAAGCCAGAUCAAUACUGAUGACCUCAUAUUCCUACGCGAAAACGACAUAAUAUAUAUGUACAGCAUUCGGCUUUUAAUUCUCAUCGCUAUUAUUCCUGUAACUAAGAUUGCUGAACUAUUUUAUGCUACGAUUGUAGUCGAUAGGGACACAGUCGGUACCACUGUAGAGGCGUGAAGGCUAGGGUACAGUACCUCUUUAGAGUUAACUGUAUUCAGUUGGUUCCUUUUUGGAAAUACAUACACUUACAAAGGAGGCCUUAAAUUGCGAUCACUGGCCACUAAUACCAUACCAGGGAGAGGGGGGGGAUAGAAUAGUGUUUAUAAAUGAUAAACGAUAAAUAUAUUGUAUUUGUGAGUGUUGUUGAAAUUCAUCUGUGUUGUAACAGCGUUUUGUAGUACUAGGCCAUUAAGGUGUUUAUAUGAAUAAAAAAAUUUGUAUUUAUUAGUUGUAGGGGUGUAGGUUUUUAUGUGGUUCAAAACAGGCUUGAUACUGCAACAGCCUCGGAAACAUAAUUUGCUAUUUCUGCAACCAAAAGGAAUUCGGACUUAAUUGACUUAAUUGGUCAAAACUCCAUCUACAGUGAUUAUUCUUGGAUAAUAAGCAACUUGUGCACUCCAAUCUCAAUAGUCCAGAAUUAUUUGUAGAAGAGUAAAUUCCAAGAUAAUAAAGGGACAAUAUGUGAUAGUUUUAAUAAAUUAAGUAUUCUUU